CUACGUUCAGUUACUUUAUUGUAUACGUAUUACCAAAAGCUGGUCAAAGCAUCUUUCAUUUCGAUAUCUCCUAGAUCCUAUCAGAUAGUCGAUAUGAAAAGAGGUUUUCAUCUCGGGUCUUUCAUCUUUAUCUUUUAACUUCUUUUUCCUUACCAAAACCAACCAUUUUCUUUUUACUUGUAGACAAGCUUCAGUUUCGGAUUUUGCCAUUUCUUUGUUACGCUAUAGAUUUCUUUGUUCUCUACACUUUAAACACUUGAUCUCUCAAUUUGCCUGUACUUAGCAUAUCUUUCUCUUAUUUUAAUGGAUUUUCAGGACUAGUUUUAUAAUCCAUAUUAUUCCACUUGUCGAUUUAGCAAUUGACAGCUUAGUUUUCCUUCUCCUGUCAUUAAUAAGUGUUUCACGUUUCACAUUUCCUUGUGCUUUUAUAUAUACUGUUUGAAUUAUCGGUUUCUUCAUUUGUGGAUUUGCCUUAUUGACUUGAACAGUGUCUAAAAGAACGACCCAAAAAAAAAGUUCUUACUAUUUGUUAGCUCAUUUAAAUUUUCGUUUUUUAUGUCUUUCUUCUUUUUUUUUUGUCACUGCUUGUAUGACUAUUAAAAAACAUAUAUAUAUAUAUUUGUUACAAUCUUCAUUGGACAAUUUUUUUAAUUCUUUUGCUUCCUAAUUUUUCCAAAUAUUCUCCUUUGAGUUCCCGUCAUCAUGCCUCCAUCCAAAUCAGAAAGGUCUCGUGCUACGCCAAUUAAUAGCCUUAAUCAGAAACGUAGCAGUGUCUUUCCGAAUUUCGAAACCAGUACGGAUCCCAAUCUCAUCAGCCAAAGUUUCCGAGAUUCUAAUGAUAUUCAUCUCUUGUCCGCUAGACUCGCCUCCGUCGAUGUUGAUGGCGCGCAUGUUCCCCCUUCACCCUCUCCAGAUAUGACGGAUGAUCCGUCUACUUAUUGGCAAGAUCAGUACUCUGUUUCUUCAUAUUCACAUCCUCGCUCCGUGCUUACGCGCCCUUCCAACACUGACCUCUUAAUUCCUUGGGAACAAGAUGAAAGCCAUCCUUUACUUCUUUCCUCCGAGAACCGACUUUCUUCAGCAUAUGGCUUGGAAAGCCCUCCUCUGCCCAAUGGACCAUCUCCCGUUCAUCACAAGAAAACUAGCUUUCGUCCUUCGUUCCAUAGAGCAUAUGAUUAUUUUUUUGAUGGUAAGGGCCCUUCCUUAAUCUUAUACAACAUCCCUUCUGUCACUAUUGGUUUACUCCUUAACAUAUUAGACGCAUUAUCAUAUGGUUUAAUUCUCUUUCCCAUCUCUAAUCCCAUUUUUAAAAAUUUAGGUGUUGAUGGCCUUGCCAUCUUCUACGUUAGUUGUAUCGUCUCCCAGUUAGUCUUUUCGUUCGGUGGUUCCGCUUUCAGUGGCUCCGUGGGCUCCGAAAUGAUUGAGGUUAUCCCUUUCUUCCACCAAAUUGCCUUUACUGUUCUUAAUCAUGUUGGCGAGGAUAAUCCAAAAUCAGUCGUUGCCACAACCCUCCUUGCUUAUUGCCUUUCCAGUAUCGUUACAGGCAUUGUAUUCGUAUUGCUCGGAUUCUUGCGUCUCGGCAAACUCAUUGAAUUUUUUCCUCGCCAUAUUCUUUUGGGCUGCAUAGGUGGUGUUGGCUACUUUCUUGUUAACACUGCCGUAAUCGUUUCCUCUAGAAUUGAAGAUAACAAUCUUUCCAGUUGGGAGUGCCUUCUUACAUUAUUUGAACCUUUACCUUUCGCCCGUUGGAUGACGCCCCUUUUCAUGGCUUUUAUGCUUGAAAUUGCCCAAUCUCGCUGGAGCCAUCCGUUUCUAAUUCCUUCUUUUUUUAUUUUUGCUCCUAUCCUCUUCUACUUUCUGGUGUGGGCAAUACCAGGCUUAAGCUUGGAAUUCCUGCGGGAAACAGGUUGGGUCUUUUCUAGUACUCAAAGCAACGUGCCAUGGUACCAUUAUUAUGAGUUAUUUAGCUUUCGAGAUACAAAUUGGGGUGCUAUUUUGGCAACCGUUCCAGAAAUGCUAGCCUUAACUUUUUUCGGCAUCCUUCACGUUCCCAUCAACGUUCCAGCUUUGGCUAUUUCCACUGGCAUGGACAGAAUAGAUACAGACAAAGAAUUGAUCGGUCAUGGUAUAAGCAAUUCACUUUCUGGCUGUAUAGGAAGUAUUCAAAAUUACAUGACUUAUACAAAUUCUUUAAUGUUCAUACGAUCUGGUGGUAACAAUCGUCUAUCCGGAGUUAUGCUUGCUGUUGCGACUGCCGGUUUACUAGUAAUGGGACCAGGAAUUAUUUCGUAUAUUCCAGUAUGGACUGUUGGCUGUCUGAUUUUCUUAUUGGGUAUGGAAUUGUUAAAGGAAUCCUUGUGGGAUCCAGUUGGCACUACCACAAAGAUAGAGUAUCUCACGAUCGUGGCUAUUGUAGCUUCCAUGGGUAUGGUUGAUUUUGUUUUUGGCAUCUUACUUGGCAUUAUCCUUGCAUGUGUGUUCUUUGUCUUCCAAGCUUCUAGACGGUCCGCUUUGCGGGGGAUUUAUUCCUGCAACAUGCUGCGUUCGACAGUACGACGUCCUUUAAGUCAACAGAGAUUUCUGAACGAAAUUGGCAAGCAAAUUCAAAUUUGCAAAUUAUCCGGUUUUCUUUUCUUCGGUACAAUUAACGGUGUAGAAAAGCAAAUUUCCGGUCUUAUCGAGGAGCUACAGACUACAAGCAAUCCGUUGCGUUUUUUAAUUAUCGAUUUUAGCUUGGUUUCUGGAGCAGAUUUUAGUGUUGUUCAAGCAUUUUUGAGGAUUCGUCGUGUCCUGGCUACUGCAAACGUCCCAAUGUUUGUGUGCGGAUUGGAUGACACUCGGUCAUCAUUUAAAAAACUUAGUCAGAUUUGUUUUUCCGAAAACGAUAUUUGCGAUUGUCAAGUUUUUGAAGACAUUAAUUCGGCCUUGGAAUAUUGUGAAAACUUGUUAUUAGACGAAUAUGAUGUAUGUCGAAAUAGACUUUUGGGUAUCCAAGGCACACUUGCUGUUCCUACUAGAAGUGGGGUUCAAUUGAACUUGGCUAAAACUUUCUCUCCCUCACCGCGUCAUGACUUGUUACGUGAAGUUGCAGCGUCUACCGUGAAAGAUGAGUCGAAAGAGAUAUACGGAUACGAACAAUAUGCUAAGUAUCAACAACCAUUCCCGCUCCUUAUGCAAGUAUUUGGUGAAGUUACCUCAAAGAGAGAUGAUUUCUGGUUAUCCAUUUGCCCAUAUUUUAAGAAAAGCUUGCUAAAAAAAGGAGAUGUCCUUUGGAAGAAAGGUGAUCCUCCUAAUCGUUUUGUCCUCGUAGAGACAGGUAUGGUGAAAGCUACGUAUCAAAUGGAUAGAGAAGUUUUGGCUGAAAACAUUACCUGUCUCUGUCUUGUGGGUGAAUUACCGUUUUUCAGUCAAACAUGCUAUAAUGCCACAGUGACGGCCCAGUUGGAUUCUAUUAUCUGGUAUAUGGAUAGAGAAUCAUGGGAAUCUCUUGUUAAUUCCUUUGAUAAUGGACAUGACGUGACGAAUGAAAUGUUGCGAAUUGCAUUGAAAAUGACCCGUGAACGAGUCAAUGUAUUUACUAAUUUCGCUUUGAACUUGUAUCGUUGAAUUAUCAAAGUAUAAUAUUAAUCUCUCAACAUAAUUUUUACUAGAAAAGUACUAAUACUCAUUGUUUUUUAUAUGCUUUGGGCUAAAUCAACCUCUAUGGUUGGUAAAUAUGUUUGUAUAUCCUUGAUUAUAAUCGGACAUAAGAAGAAUAGCAACAUGAUUCUUCCAUUCGAAGAAAUAAGUUGAUUUUAUCUUUUUACAGAAAGUAAUAUAAACUGUUUAAGUUUAGCAGAAUGGUAAUCGUUCAUUCCCAUAGGUUGUACCUAAAACAAUGAAAGUGAAAGCAUAAC